AAUCCCAACUUCCUAACCCAAAUCAUUAGAUCAAAACAGAAAAAGAAAAUAAAAGCUCCCAACGAAACCAAAACCAAAGCCGCCCUCGAAUCAUUCGUUCGUUCAUUGGCUCCUUCGAUUGACGAGGAGCAACUACCCCACCCGCAACGACGACAGCAAGGACGGCGGCGAUCUCGGAGGCCAAAUCCGCCAUUGCCCCGCUGUAGGAGGCCUUCUGGAUCUCGGAUGGCGUCGGCCAAGUCGUCCCGGUCGCGGCCGGCCGGCCACUCCGGGGUGUUCCCGGUGGGCGGGGCGGCGAUGGGGCUGGGCGGGGGCGGAGGAGGCGGCGGCGGGGGUGGAGGCGACGGCGGCGUGCAGCUUGCCGACAAGCUCAAGAUCUUCAAGACCGACAACUUCGAUCCCGACGCCUACGUGCAGUCCAAGUGCCAGACCAUGAACGAGAAGGAAAUAAGACAUUUAUGUUCUUAUCUGCAAGACCUAAAGAAGGCUUCAGCUGAAGAAAUGCGGAGAAGCGUGUAUGCAAAUUAUGCUGCAUUCAUCAGAACAUCGAAGGAGAUAUCAGAUCUCGAAGGGGAGCUCUUAUCAAUUAGAAAUUUACUGAAUACACAGGCAGCUUUAAUCCAUGGUCUAUCUGAAGGAGUUCAGAUUGAUUCGCUGACUUCGGGCACUGAAGGUUCUAUAGAUGAUGAUAUAUCCAAUAUUGAAGACCAGGAACCUUCAGAAAUACAGAAGUGGUCUGCAGAUUUCCCUGACAUGCUUGAUGUUUUGCUAGCUGAGCGAAGAGUGGAUGAAGCACUCGAUGCACUAGAUGAAGCGGAGCGAGUUGCUGCAGACGCUAAACGGACACAGACUUUAACUACAGCCGAAAUUUCGGCUUUGAGAGGCGCUAUCUCUGAUAAUCGCCAAAAGCUGGCAGACCAGCUUGCUGAAGCUGCCUGUCAGUCAUCUACUCGUGGCAUUGAACUGCGUGCUGCCUCCUCUGCUCUCAAGAGGCUUGGUGAUGGCCCUCGAGCUCACAGUCUGUUACUGAAUGCACAUAGUCAAAGGCUUCAAUUGAAUAUGCAAACUAUACAUCCAUCAAGUACUUCAUAUGGUGGGGCAUACACUGCAGCGCUUGCUCAACAAGUUUUUUCGGUCGUAGCUCAGGCGCUCAGUGACUCUGUAGAAGUCUUUGGUGAUGAGUCAUGUUAUGCAUCUGAGCUGGUUACAUGGGCUGCCAAGCAGGUCAUGUCAUUUGCACUUCUUGUAAAGAGGCAUGUGUUGUCUUCUUGUGCAGCUGCUGGAGGCUUGAGAGCAGCUGCGGAAUGUGUUCAGAUAUCACUUGGACAUUGUUCUUUGCUGGAAGCUCGUGGUCUAUCUGUUUCAGCAGUUCUCCUGAAGCAAUUCAAGCCCAGUCUUGAGCAAGCAUUAGAUGCUAACUUGAGGAGGAUUGAAGAGAGUACUGCUGCACUAGCUGCAGCUGAUAACUGGAUACUCACUUAUCCCUCAAACGGCAUUCGCCCAUUAGCUAAAUCUUCUGUUGCUAAUUUGGCACUUCAGCCAAAGCUCUCUAGUAGUGGGCAUCGCUUCAAUUCAAUGGUUCAGGAUUACUUUGAGGAUGUCGCACCACUCCUUAGCUUGCAACUAGGUGGUUCUACAAUGGAUGGAAUUGCACAGAAUUUCAGUUUAUAUGUCAAUUUACUCAUAAGCGCAUUGCCUGGGUCGAUGGAUGAUGAAGCUAACGUAGAUGGUUUAGGACAUAAGAUUGUUAGAAUGGCAGAGACUGAGGAACAGCAGUUAGCUUUAUUAGCCAAUGCAUCUUUACUUGCUGAGGAGCUGCUACCUAGAGCAGCUAUGAAGCUAUCAUCGGCAAACCAGUCCAGCAUGGAUGAUUUGCGCAAAAGAGGGCCAGAUAAACAAAACCGUGUGCCUGAACAACGAGAAUGGAAAAGGAAACUGCAACGCAUGGUAGACAGAUUGAGAGAUAGUUUCUGUAGGCAGCAUGCUCUUGAACUGAUAUUUACAGAUGAAGGUGAUACACAUCUCAGUGCCGAAAUGUACAUCAGUAUGGAUAAUACUGUUGAAGAGCCAGAGUGGGUGCCAUCUCCAAUUUUCCAGGAACUCUAUGCAAAGCUGAACAGGAUGGCGGGUAUUGCUGCAGAUAUGUUUGUUGGUAGAGAAAGAUUUGCUACUUUGCUAAUGAUGCGGCUCACUGAAACAGUCGUACUUUGGCUCUCAGAGGAUCAGGCCUUCUGGGAAGAGAUCGAACAGGGACCGAAGCCUUUGGGCCCCCUUGGUCUUCAGCAGUUCUACCUGGAUAUGCAAUUUGUCAUCAUCUUCGGACAAGGUCGAUUUUUGUCUAGACAUGUACAUCAAGUCAUAUUGGAUAUCAUUGAUAGAGCAAUGGGUGCAUUUUCUGCUACUGGAAUGAACCCUGAUAGUGUCCUUCCCGGCGACGAUUGGUUCAUGGAUGUCUCUCAAGAGGUUGUCAGCAUGAUUAGCGGAAGGGCUAGAGUUGCCAAUGGGGACAGGGAGGUUAACAGCCCGACUGCCUCAGUUUCAGCACACUCGAUGUCAUCGUUCAGAUCCCACGGCAGCUCUUAGUUUUACAGGCUAGUCUUUUUGUAGUCAGGCCAUUGUAUAAUAAGCAUUAGUACAUUCUCUCUUCUUCCAUAUUUCUCUACUUUUAUUCCCUUUUGUUUCUUUUUCCCAUCUUUGUUCUACAUCUGUUGUGCUAGCAUAGGUGGAUAAUUGUUUGACCUAGGAAAAUCUUUUUAGCCAUUGUUUACGGCGCUGAGGCCUUGCAUGACCAGUAUAUGGUAUGAGCUUUGUACAACCGCAUCAUUCUUUUAUCAGGUUUUAUGAACAGGACAUUGGUGCUUUGAAUAAGUUCUGGGCGUGUCA